CUGACAGUGGUGGAAGAAAGGUGUAGCGCCAUCCGCUCCGCACAAGGAUGGCGUCUUAUGAAGAAGUCGGGAUUGGCGAUGCCGUUCUUCUCGAUGAAAUAUCUACUAGAGCUUUCGUGGAUAAUCUAAGAGUCAGGUUCAAUGGCGGCAAGAUCUACACGUACAUCGGGGAGGUGUGCGUGUCCGUUAAUCCGUACCGUACCAUCAACUUGUACGGCAAGGAGUACGUGACCCAGUACAAAGGCCGCGAGAUCUUCGAGCGCCCCCCGCACGUGUUCGCCCUCGCCGACGCGGCCUACAAGGCGAUGAAGCGGCGCGGCCAGGACACCUGCAUCGUCAUCUCCGGGGAGUCGGGUUCGGGCAAGACAGAGGCGUCCAAGAUCAUCAUGAGGUACAUCGCCGCCGUCACCAACGUCGCCGGCCAGCAGGAGAUCGAGAGAGUGAAGAACGUGCUCCUGCAGUCUAAUGCCAUCCUGGAGGCCUUCGGGAAUGCCAAGACCAACCGCAACGACAACUCCUCGCGCUUCGGCAAGUACAUGGACAUCAACUUUGACUUCAAGGGCGACCCCAUCGGUGGCCACGUACAGAACUACCUGCUGGAGAAGUCACGUGUGGUCCUCCAGCAGUCAGGAGAGAGAAACUUCCACUCUUUCUAUCAGGUCCUCUUUGGUGCGACAGACGCCGAGCUCUCCAAACUCAAGCUGAAGCGUGAUGUGAAUGCCUACCACUACAUCCGCCAGGGGGGUACACCCAGGGUGGAUUCCAUUGCCGACAAGGUGGACUACAAGGCAUGCCAGUCCGCGUUCAAGACCCUAGGGUUCACGCCAGAGCAGACCGAUGCUAUUUGGAGGGUCGUCAGCGCCAUCCUGCAUUUGGGUAAUAUUGAAUUCACCUCCGGAGGCGAUGAGACACAGAUCAAGAACCCAAAGGAGGUGAGCAACAUUGCGGAGCUCUUGCGCGUGUCGCCCGACCAGGUGACCAAGGCACUGUGUCACCGAGUGAUUGCAGCACGAGGCGAGGUCAUGGAGAAGCGGCACACAGAGAGCGAGGCCAGCUAUGGGCGUGAUGCAUUUGCAAAGGCCAUCUAUGAGAGACUCUUCUCCUCUAUUGUGGAAGGGGUCAACAAUGCUAUUCAAGUGCGUUUCGAAGGGGCUGAGGCCAAGUACAAGUACAAUACUGUGAUUGGAGUUUUGGACAUCUAUGGGUUUGAGAUCUUUGACCGCAACAGCUUUGAGCAGUUCUGCAUCAAUUACUGCAAUGAGAAACUGCAACAGUUGUUCAUUGAGCUGGUGCUGAAGCAGGAACAGGAGGAGUACAGGAGGGAAGGCAUCGCAUGGCAGACCAUCGAAUACUUCAACAACCAGAUCAUCUGUGACCUGGUUGAGCAGUCCCACAAGGGCAUCAUUGCCAUUACAGAUGAAGCAUGUCUAAAUGUGGGCAGAGUGACAGAUGAGAUGCUGUUGGAGGCAAUGGAAGGCAAACUGAAAGGACAUAAGCACUUCACUACCCGCAAGCUGUCACCAAUGGACAAGGAACUCAAGCACGUUGAAGAGUUUCGCGUCAAGCACUAUGCUGGCGAUGUGGUGUACAGCAUCAAGGGUUUCCUGGAGAAGAACAAGGACACACUCUUCCAAGACUUCAAAAGGCUGAUGUACUCCUCCUCAGAUCCUGUGAUUUCAAGCAUGUGGCCAGAGGGGGCCCAGGAUAUCACAAUGACAACAAAGAGGCCACUAACAGCUGGUACUCUCUUCAAAAACUCGAUGAUUGCACUGGUAAAGAACCUGGCCAGCAAGGAGCCCUACUAUAUCCGCUGCAUCAAACCCAAUGAUCAGAAGUCCCCUGUAAUCUUUGACGAGGAACGAGUGACUCAUCAGGUCAACUACUUAGGUCUUGUGGAAAAUUUGCGCGUCAGAAGAGCUGGAUUUGCAUACAGACAGAGCUAUGAUCGGUUCCUAAGAAGAUACAAGAUGAUAUCCCAGUACACAUGGCCAAACUUCCAUGGUGGCACAGACCGUGAAGGCACCAAGAUCCUGGUGGAGGAACAAGGUUUCAGUAAUGAUGUCAAGUAUGGGAACACCAAGAUCUUUGUCCGGUCGCCACAGACGCUCUUCGCCUUGGAGCAGGCAAGAGCAAAGUUGAUUCCAGGCAUUGUGAUCUUCUUGCAAAAGAUGUGGAGAGGUGCUCUGUGCAGGAUGCGCUACAGACGAAUGUGUGCAGCCUUGACGAUCAUGCGUCAUUACAGACUGUACAAGAUGAGGUCGUACAUGCUUGAACUCCACCGUGUCUUCAGGAAUGUGCGGCAGAUGCAAGACUACGGGAAGCACGUCCGCUGGCCUGCACCCCCCUUGGUGUUACGGUCAAUGGUGUCUGACUUCCAGAGCAUCCACAACCGCUGGCGAGCUCACAUGAUCCUGUCCAAUGUGCCCAAGUCAGACUGGCCGCAGCUCAGAAUCAAGGUGAUUGCCGGAGAUGUUCUUAUGGGAAAACGGGCAGACUGGGGAGUGCGAGAGACAUGGGAAGGAAACUACUUGGCAUCCUCGAGAGAAAACCCAGAUUCCUCCGCAUUCCAGUCGGCUGUCAAGAACAUGAGGAACAAAGAUGGGUUUAGGGAGGUGUUAUUCUCGAGCCUUGUGAGGAAGAUCAACAGAAAUGACAAGAUGUCUGAACGAGCCAUCCUCGUGACAGACAGACAGAUCUACAAACUGCACAGCAAGACUUUCAAGCCUCUGAGAUCCCCCAUACCUAUCUUGGAGGUGAGUGGAAUCAGUGUGAGCCCCGGCCAGGACCAGCUGGUGAUCAUUCACUUGCGAGGAGGCAACGAUUUUGUGGUCUCCCUGAUGUCCCAGUCGAACGCCAACAGAGUGGGGGAGCUCACUGGACUCCUCCUCCGACAGUACCAGCUUCUGAAUCGUGCUGACUUGCGUGUUGUAGUGGCUGGAACUCUGCAGUGCAUGCUGGGAAACAAGUCACGCAUGGUUGCAGUUGAGGAGACAAAUGUGGGAACUUUCCCGGCAUUUAGGAAGGGCACAAAGCGAGGCGAGCUUGUCUACUCGUGGCCAGAGUCUCUGAACAAGGCUCUCCCUCCACCUCCCCAGACCAGCCUUCACCGCCAGGCUCCCAACCCUCCCUCAAGGCCCCCACCAGGAGCCAAUGGUUAUGGCAAUGGCAAUGACCAUGGUUAUGGCAACGGACACAUCAAGGGUGGCGGUGGCUACCACAAUGUUGACAGGAACAGCAACGGGAACGGCCACGUCUAUGCCAACACAGGAAGAUACUGAGCUCAGACUGUCACCACCUUCCUCUAGAAAAAGGCGGUGGUGACUAAUGUUUUUUAUGGGAGUUAAGAUAUUAAAGUGUGCCUUAUUUUCAUAAUUUGUAUAGCCCCUUCACUAGAGCUUUAUCUCUUGCUCCAUUUUUUUUCUUCAAGUUUGCGAAUGGGAUUUAUUUUUGAUAACCCAUUCCUGUUCUUUUUUCAUUAAUAUAUCAUUAAUAUAAUCUUUUUCUUUCUUUUUUUCUUUUCUUUUUUGUAAGAUAUGUCUUUUCCUUGAAAUCUUCCCCUUGUCUAUAUGCCAUUAGAGUGUUCCAUUUCCAAAUCUUGUGUCUUAUUAGUUUUGUGUGAUGACAUGAUUUGUUGUGUGCUAUAUUACCCUGUAAAGCUUGUAAACCACCAGUAUAUUUGUUUACAGCACAGGUGGUGGUUUGUAUCAUGUGUUUGUACAUACUUAAACAUAGAAAUUCAUUGGCUUUGAAUUUAGUUUUAAGAAUUUCUUGAUUUCUUUUAUUUAUUUGUCUUUUUUUUAAGAAGUUAUGAAUGUUAUAACCAUGCUUCUUUAAGCCGAGAAUUUGGCAUAUAGUGUUGGUCCAAAAACCAGCUAAUUCCAAAUUUGGGACCAAGUCUUGUGUUUUAUGGGAGAAACUGGGUAGAAAUUGAUUGAUUUGAUAUAACCAUUACCAUAUAUUAGCAUUUACUUUUUGUGUUAUAUUUCCUUCCUCACGACUCAUGCAUUUUAACGUUCCAUUUGUUUGAUUCAUUCACCAUUUAUUAUUACUGGUCAAGUCUUUCCAUAAUAUUGUGCUAUACAUUGCAUUUCUCUCUGUUAAAUAUAUUGAGAAAGCCAUCCUAUAAUAGCUAUAGGAUGAGGCUUUUAGUGUUUUACUUGCAGUCCAGAGACAGGUCCAGUUCUUGUAGGCCUAUUUUAGAGAUGUAGUGUUAUAUAUAGCUGCUAGCUAGCAUGUUUUUGUAAACAGGAGUUAUAGCAGAUUAUUUUUUUCAUUACUAUUGUUAUAUAUACAUCUUUUCUAAUCUUGUCUUAUUUUUAUCUUUAUUAUCCCCACAAAGAUACUGCUAUCUGCUAUCUCGACUUACUUCCCAUUAGGCCUAAAGCAACUUGCAUGCAACUACUUAUAUUCAGUAGAAUGGUUACUGAUUUCCUUGCUAGUGCUUGCAAAAGGGCCUAAUGACAGUGCAUAAUAGGUCAGUCAUUUUUGAGUAGUUAGUCCUAGGGAAUUUGAAUGAGAACCAGAAAGAGCUGUUGGAUUAUUUUGCAGUUUUUCAUCAGUUGAAGAAUUAGUGGCUUGUAGUUCGUGAAGAAUAGAGAGGGAAGAGUACCCAUAGUAAGACUGAAAAUGUAAUGGUACUUAAAUAGCAUAGGAGAGUUAGUUCAGUGUUUUACUGCUUUGUAUUUAUAUAUUUUUUUAUUCAUUUUUUUUUCCCCUUUUGUAUGGUUCUAAAUGUUCUCUUUUUUAAUAUAGAGAAGUGUAUUGUAUUUCAUUGAAAUGUUACACUGAAGUUUUGAUUUGAUGAAUGCAAAGUGACCCGUGAUAUAGUGAAUUUUAUUAUUUUAUUUGGUUUCAUAAUUGAAUUGGCAGUUCUUUCCCAGCUGAAUUAAUUGUUUGUUCUUUUUUCAUGUUAUAAUGUUUUUUUCAAGUCACUUGCUAUUCUUUAUAAGUGUUUUACUAAGUACUUAUUUUAAUGAGGAAAAUUGUUUAGCUUGUCUCAGCUUUAAAAUACAAGAUCAAUAAACUUGGAAAAGUGGAAAGGGUACUUAACACUUUGUCUGUUUUCUUGUGUUAUGUGGAUUGUGGAAUAUAUAAACUUGAAUGAGUUUUCACAGACAAAAAAAGAAGUGUUGCUAAUAAUAAAGAGUGAAAGAAAAGCAACAAAAAUUAUCUAUCACGAGUGUGAAUUUGUAAUUAUGUGCCAUUUUUUUGGGGGGAAAGGGUUUUGAGGAGUGGAGGGUGUUACACAUUUGAAAUAUGGCGAGAGAAAUUCCCUCAGCUGUUGAGGAAUGAUUACAUGUUAUAUUUUAGAUUACCACAUGGAGAAAUCUCUAGUGUAUUCCCUUAUGGUAAUAUUGUGGUUUGCCUAAUCACUAUUCAUGUACAGGACAGCAUUUUCUUUCAUAGGUUAGAUGACUAACUACAGCUUUUUAAUAUUUUAUUUUGUUUUUUUGAAACAAUUGAUGUGAGGAACGCUAUGCAAAUAGGAUAUCACACAAGUUGUGUACAUAAACGCGCAUACCCACACACACAGACACAUACCAACACACACAUGUACACACGUACGCAUACAUCUAUGCAUAUACACAUGCAAGCAAGGGUUUGUGAAUGUUCUUUGUAUUAACAGAACAAUGUGUGAAAGAUGUCCAUAGUGCUCUUUCCAACAGUAACUAGAUGCCGGGCAUUAUUGAUGCCUUAACAAACCAUAUGCAGAGAUGAUACACUUUUUGAGUGUAGGCAGUUUGUUGAAAUUUUGUAUAUUACAUGGAUAUUUGUGAAUAAAAGUGUCUAUGCAA